GGACUCACCUUCCCCUGGAUGGACGGCGGCCGCCGCUUUGCCAAAGACCGGCUCACGGCCGCGCUCUCGCCCUUCUCCGGGACGCGCCGCAUAGGCCACCCCUACCAGAACCGGACCCCCCCCAAGAGGAAGAAGCCGCGCACGUCCUUCUCCCGCUCGCAGGUGCUGGAGCUGGAGCGGCGCUUCCUGCGCCAGAAGUACCUGGCCUCGGCCGAGAGGGCGGCGCUGGCCAAGGCCCUGCGCAUGACCGACGCCCAGGUCAAGACGUGGUUCCAGAACCGGCGCACUAAGUGGCGGUGAGGCGCGCGCCAAACGGCGGAAAAGCGCGAGGCCGAGCGGCACCGCGCGGGCAGGCUGCUUCUGCACCUGCAGCAAGACGCGCUGCCGCGGCCGCUGCGGCCGCCGCUGCCCCCGGAUCCGCUCUGCCUGCACAACUCGUCGCUCUUCGCCCUGCAGAACCUGAAAACCUGGGCCGAGGACAACAAAGUGGCCUCCGUGUCCGGGCUCGCCUCGGUGGUGUGA